AUACAAUCAAACACCUCGAUCUGGAGUACUGCCGCAUUCAGUGUGACGGUCUCCGGCGGCUGGGACCGGCUCUGCACCAGUGUCAGUACUUGGGACUGGGAGGGAACAGGCUGGGAGAUUACGGAGUGAAACUGCUGUCUGCGGCUCUGGUAAAUGCGGACUGUAAAAUACAGAGACUGGGGUUGUGGCGUAUCGGCCUCACAGAUUUUGGUGCCAAGAUUCUCGUCACCGCUGUUUGUACAAACCGCUCACUGAUGGAACUGAACCUGGGAGGAAACAACCUGGAAGAUUCUGGAGUGAAACUGGUGUCUGCAGCUCUGAGGAACCAGGACUGUCAAAUACAGAGAUUGCAGCUGCAAUGUGUCGGUCUCACAGAUUCUGGAGCCGAGGAUCUCGUCUCUGCCCUCAGUACAAACCACUCACUGAUGGAGCUGGAGCUAACUGAGAAUAAAUUGGGAGAUUCCGGAGUGAAACUAGUGUCUGCGGCUCUGAGGAAGCCGGACUGUAAAAUACAGAAACUGUGGCUGGACGCUGUCGGUCUCACAGAUUCUGGGGCCGAGGAUCUCGUCUCUGCUCUCAGUACAAACCCCUCACUGACGGAGCUGGACUUGGUAGGGAAUGGCCUGGGAGAUUCUGGAGUGAAACUGGUGUCUGCGGCUCUGAGGAACCCUGAUUGUAAAAUACAGAUACUGGGGCUGUGGGCUGUUGGUCUCACAGAUUCUGGAGCCGAUGAUCUCGCCUCCGCUCUCAACACAAACCGCUCACUGACAGAGCUGAAACUGGGGAACAAUGAACUGGGAGACUCUGGAGUAAAACUUGUGUUAGCGGGUGUUAGGAACUCGGACUGUGAAAUACAGCGACUGUGGCUGGACAGUAUCAAUCUCACAGAUUCUGGACUCGAUGAUCUAGCCUCCGCUCUUAGUACAAAGCUCUCACUGCUGGAGCUGGAGCUGGGAUCAGACUCCCUCACAGACUGAUCUGUUGCCUCUCUUCUCCGCCUCAUACUUGCCCUCCCGAGUCUGGAACGGAUCAGGCUGGGGAGGAAUCGGUUCAGUGCAGAUGGACGGAACCAGCUGGAGAGUCUGCGUGGAAUCAGACCCGGGCUGAGUGUGGAGCUGUGAACAUCUCCAUGUGUGAACGUCACCUCCCAGGGAAUAGGAAUAAUGUUGGCCAAUUUCCCGCCCACCCCUUUAAACGGCCGCGCUCCGGGAUUAACCCUCAGUGGUUCCCGGCUCGGGCCGGGCGGGCUGUGACGUGAGAAGCAGCCGUAUUGACACGUGACCCGGACACGAGGCGCUGCUGCUGAUGCCGGAUAUCCGGUGCUGCCCCCAGUUUGACAGGUGAAUUGCAGCAAUCUAGGAUGUGACUUUAUCA